GUGGGAGCAGCUACAGAGAAAUUCAUUUUUAACCCUGAUGGAAAUGCAGCUAGAAAGUAAAAACUAUUUUAAUUUUAGAUUAAUUUCAGAGAUGCAUCACCUCAGCUUACUCGCCUUAAUUGUUAUGCAAGCACUGGUCUUUGGUACAAGUGUCCAUGAUGAGACAGUUAAUGAGUUUUCUAUCAAGGUUUACCACAAGCUACGAGCCACUAUAGAGGAUGAAAACAUCAUCUUCUCUCCUCUGAGCACUGCAAUAGCUUUAGGGAUGGUGGAAUUGGGGGCGCGUGGAUCUAGUCUUAAAGAGAUUCGACAUGUCCUUGGAUACGACAAACUAAAGAAUGGUGAAGAAUUUUCUCUCUUAAAAGAUCUUUCGAACAUGCUGACAGCCCAGGAAAAGCAUUAUGUGCUGAGCAUCGCAAACUCCCUUUAUUUACAGAAUGGAUUCCAUAUCAGUGACAAGUUCAUUCAGUUAAUGAAAAAAUACUUCAAGGCAGAAGUAGAGAAUGUAGACUUCAGUCAAGGUUCAACUGUAGCAAAUCACAUCAAUAUGUGGGUGGAAAACCAUACUAAUAACCGGAUUCGGGAUCUUGUUACAGCUGAUGACUUCACUAAUUUAACAAAGUUAGUUCUGGUCAAUGCCAUGUACUUUAAAGGAAACUGGAAGUCACAAUUUAGGCCUGAAAACACUAGGACAUUUUCCUUUACUAAAGAUGAUGAGAGUGAAGUGCAGAUACCCAUGAUGUACCAAAAAGGAGAAUUUUACUAUGGGGAGUUUACUGAUGGAUCUAAUGAGGCAGGAGGUGUUUAUCAAGUCCUAGAAUUGCCCUAUGAGGGGGAUGAAAUCAGCCUAAUAAUCGUUCUUUCGAGGCAGGAGGUUCCACUCGCCACACUUGAACCUUUAUUGAAAGCCCCUUUAAUUGAAGAAUGGGCAAAUUCUGUGAAAAAGCAGAAAGUAGAGGUUUACCUACCACGGUUCAAAGUUGAAGAAGUAGUUAACCUAAAGGACGUCUUGAUGCAGCUUGGAAUCACUAAGAUAUUCUCUGGGGAAGCUGAUCUGUCUGCUGUAUCUGACAGCAAAGAUCUUUUUGUUGCCAAAGCUGUUCACAAGUCUUUCUUGGAGGUUAAUGAAGAAGGUUCGGAAGCAGCUGCAAGCUCUGGAAUGAUUGCCAACAGUAGAAUGGCAGUUUUGUACCCCCAGGUUAUUGUUGAUCACCCAUUUUUCUUUGUCAUCAGAAACCGGAAAACCGGAUCGGUCUUGUUCAUGGGAAGGGUCAUGCAUCCAGAAACCCUGCAUACUAUCGGCCAUGAUUUUGAAGAGCUCUAAGCCUAAGUUCAUGCCCAUCUGAAACAGUGAAGCACAUGUUUGCUAAUAAUACAUUUCAAUGUUUGUUGUACUGAUAUGUUUGUAACUGUCUAAAAUGAGAUGUUUUAACCAAACCCUGCCCUGGCAAAAUACCUACAGUAUUGUUUCUCUUGCUGUGUUUGUGAUUGCUGUGAAAGCUUGCCAAAUAAACUUGUAUUAAUGUGAACUAUAUUUUUUUAGAGUAUUGUCACAAGAUCUGAAAUAUUAUAUAUAAAUAUAUAUAAAAAUGUCUCAGUAAGGAAAUGUUGCUUCUGUGUUGCACUAUAAAGUUUGUGUUUUGGAAUUAUAUCUAUGUCCAUUUUGUUUUAUUCAUUCUGUUGCCCUUGGGCUCACUUUACACUUAUUGUAUACAUUCACCUUAUGACUUACCAAGCCCAAUUGGUAUGCAACAUUCAUCUUGUUUUUAAAAUCAUUCCCUGCCAUGUCUAUACAGAAUUAACUUCUGCAAAUGGGAAUGAGGAAGCAACAUAUGGAUUCAUUGGAACAAACUGAUUUAGACAAGGUGCCAUGCACUUACAAUGUAUCCCUUUCCCCCAGAAUUCCAGCUUCAUCAAGGCUGUGGUCCGAGUUGUAUCUGCUGCAGCUGUGUCAUUUCUGGUGUGCAGCAUUAUUGUGUGAACACUUGGAACCUUGCCUGUCAUCAGCCAUUUACAUUUAUAGCAAACUACUACUACAUUUUAUAUAACGCUAAAUAUGCAUAGAAUGUAUAUCCUGUAUAUAUUGCACUGUAUAUCCUCCUCUAUCAAAUAAACAGUGGGCUUGGAUGACUGA